AUGGCACGGCAAUAUGUCCAACGACUGACAACCGUCUCACAACUCGCUCAAUGGAGUUCUGCCAAACCUCUCCUUACCCCUUCAUUGACUUAUUUACGACCCACUAUCAAUGCACAACGUCUUUUGACAUUCAACUCUCAUCCUCACCAACAACAACAACACCAAGCUCAAUCAACAACAGCUGUUCCACCAUCUCCACAAAGCACUUCAUUCUUUGAUCAAGGUCAUGCCACAACGACUUCCACUACUACAACAACGACUACUGCAACUCCACCGGGGAAUUUCGAACGGCUUUUUACUGUGCAUAGUGAUGCUGUAGGCAAAGCCGCCGCUGCAGCAGCUGCCAACACGAAACAUCUCAAGCAUCAGCCUACAGGAGCCACAGCAGCAGCACAAGCAGCAUCUACAACGGGUGGAAGUACACUUGAUAACGCACAGCCUGAUGAUAAGGAUAGUGGAGCAGCACCGGAUUGUUUUCAAUUUGUUGCUCAUGCAGCAUGGCAUCCUAAGAAUCGCAAUGCUCGACAACGACAGACCGAAGAUAAGAUUCCAUAUUGGAAACGAUCCAAAGUUGGCAAAGUGGAUGCAGGAGAAGAUGCUUUCUUUCACACGAAUACACCUUAUGGCAUGGCAUUAGGCGUAGCUGAUGGCGUUGGUGGAUGGGCGGAUGCUGGUGUGGAUCCAGCCAUUUUCUCGUGGACAUUGAUGAACAAUGCAGCUGGCAUCGCUAAAAAGUCUGAAGAACUCCCUCCGAUUCAUGCAUUACAGAUUUUGGACACAGCGUUUCAUCAACUACGCCGAGGCGGCAAAGUGGCGGCUGGAAGUAGUACAGCAUGCAUCCUCAAUUUAUGCAAGACCACAGGCGAGAUGACGAGUGUCAAUCUUGGCGAUAGUGCCUUUGUUUUGAUUCGUGAUCAGAAAAUCGUCUAUGAAAGUCCAAGCCAACAACAUUAUUUCAACUGCCCGUAUCAGCUGACGGUUGUUCCGGAUACGUAUCCUGAUCGGGAUAGCUUUGUUACCGAUAUGCCAAAGGAUGCUGAUCAAAAGACGUUUUUCCUCAAAGACAAUGACAUUAUCUUGCUCGCAACGGAUGGCUAUUUCGACAACGUUUACCCACAAGAGACAUUAGCAUUGAUCAACAAUGGCAUGGGCAACGUACUAAAGGCCGAACGGGAUGAUUUUUCAGACGAGGAAGUGGCAGAUGCUGUACGUACAUUGGCCAAAACAUUAACCGAUGCCGCAAGACGAUUCAGCUUGGACCCGAAACGUUUAAGUCCUUGGGCACGCGAUGCUCGGGCUCACGGCAGUAAUUAUCGGGGCGGCAAAAUCGACGACAUCACCUGCGUUGUUACUUUGGUGCGUGGUUUGAAACGAUCCGGUAACAAUAACAACAACUCUUGA